AUGCGUGUUAUAGUGUUUAUAAACAAUCCACAAUCUAUUUCUUAUAAUGAGGGUUCUUCAACUCUUGCUGCUGACAAGGAUGCCAGGAGUAAAGCUAGAGUUCAUCCAGCAUUCGCAAACGCUGGUCGACAGGCAGGCGUUGAAAUUUGGAGAAUUGAGGACUUCGAACCUGUGGCGGUAGCCGCUAGAGACUAUGGCAAGUUUUACAAAGGAGACUCUUAUAUUGUUUUAAAGACAACAGCAGACAAAAAGAACAAUUUGUCCUGGGACAUUCACUACUGGAUCGGCAGUGAAUCGACUCAGGACGAGUCCGGGGCGGCCGCCAUCUUGACUGUGGGUCUGGAUGAUAAAUUCAACGGCGCCGCUGUGCAGCAUAGAGAGACAUUAGGAUACGAGAGUCAGCAGUUUUUGAAUUACUUCCCUUCAACCAUCCAGUAUCUGAACGGUGGACACGCCACUGGCUUCACCCACGUCGUGACAAACGCAGGAGCCCAGAAACGUCUCUUCCAGGUCAAGGGCAAGAAGAACGUGAGAGUCAGACAGGUGGAUCCGCUGAUCUCCUCAAUGAACAAAGGCGACGUCUUCAUCCUAGAUUUGGACCAGACCAUCUACGUGUUUGUUGGUGACAAAGCGAAGAACGUUGAGCGUCUAAAGGCUAUCUCUUUUGCCAACCAGGUCAGGGAUCAAGAUCAUAGCGGAAGAGGAAAAGUUGAAAUCAUUGACCAGUACUCCAGCGAAGUGGAUGUCCAGAAAUUCUUCACAGCUUUAGGAUCUGGCAGCAAGGACAUAGUGCCCGAAGACAGCGCUGGGGGCGAUGACCAGGCAUUCGAGAGGAGUGAAGAACAGUCAGUAAUUCUGUCUGAAGUGUCGGAUAACAGCGGGAAACUGCAAGUUACUCCUUUGGCUAAGCCUUAUAGACAGGAACAACUCAAACCUCAGGAAAGUUACAUUUUGGACACGGUCAGCGGGAGCAUUUACGUGUGGGUUGGCAAGCAGUCGACUGAAAGAGAAAAGAACGAAGCCAUGACAAAGGCUCAGCAAUAUUUAAGUGCGAAGAACUAUCCUUCAUGGGUCCAUAUUGCCAGAGUCCCACAAGGAACGGAACCAGCUGUCUUCAAACAAUACUUCAGUACUUGGAGAGACGUCGGCAUGUCUCAUAGCAGAAUUGUAUAA